AUGGCUGAUCCCCGCGUUGAAGAAAUCCACGAUGACGAGGUCUCCAAGACCGUCGAGGAGAGCUCCUCUGAGUCUGGCUCCGAGGCUGGCGAUGAGCCCAACAUUCCUGCCGGUGCCUCCGUCGCUGUCCACUCCCGUGGUGAGAAGAAGGCCCGCAAGGCCAUUGGCAAGCUCGGCCUGAAGCUCGUCCCUGGCAUCACCCGUGUCACUCUCCGCCGCCCCAAGAACAUCCUCUUCGUUGUCAACCAGCCCGAGGUUUACCGUUCCCCUAACAGCAACUGCUGGAUCAUCUUCGGUGAGGCCAAGAUUGAGGACCUGAACUCCCAGGCCCAGGCUUCCGCCGCCCAGCAGCUCGCUGCCUCCGAGGCCACUGGCGACCACGCCGGUCACGACCACGAGGAGGAGGUUCUCGGCAAGGCCAAGGCCCCCGAGGCUGAGGAUAAGAAGGAGGAUGAGGAGGAUGAUGGUGAGGAGGUUGACGAGUCCAACCUUGAGUCCAAGGAUAUCGAGCUGGUUAUGGCACAAGCAAACGUCUCCCGCAAGAAGGCCGUCAAGGCUCUCCGGGAGAACGACAACGAUAUCGUUAACUCUAUCAUGGCUCUCAGCAUAUAA